AUGAGAGGAUGCGUGGAUCGCUUUCUCCUCUUCGGUAUCGACGAAGAUGUUCGGGAUGCGCUCGCUGAGAAAUCGGAGUGCCGCGCAACCGAUCGCCGUCUUCUGCAUCUCGUCUCGCUCACUCCCCAAACUGACCUCGUAUGCAGCUUCUCAGAUAAUUUACAGUACUUCAGGAUAAAGCAAGUGUCCACUAUUGGUCGGGUAACGAAUAAUGGCUUAAACGAGGGCGCGUUGAGGCAAAAGGAGAAAGGUGACAUGGCGUGGCAGGAAGGGGUCGAGAGAAAAAGGCAAGAGUAA